AUGUGGAUGACCCAGAGGCGACAACAACUCUGCCUCCUACUGAUCUUCCCUGCCGUGCUUCUCCUAUUACACGCGAACCCUCAAGCCGUCGAACAUGCAUCAUCGAAAGCGGCGAGCCUGGCGCAGUGGACAAGAGUGAAGACUAUGGGGCACUCUGAAGACGAUUUUGCCAGCUUUAGUCUGGUAGAAGGUGACGACGAAGAGGAUGAGAGCAUACCAAUAGCAGAGACGAAUUUGCUCCUUCGUCCCUCAGGCUUCACCAUAUACGACCGUCUCUACGUGUGGAACGGGACGAUCUACGCGGUCACGCUAACUCCAGAGUCUUAUCCCGACUUGAAACAUAUUCUGUCGCAGGGGAUUUCGUCGGACUACGGGAACAUCGACCCAACUUCCCAGGAAAUGCAGAUAAUCACCCCUAUGGAAGCACAGAAGAUUCUUGGAGACACCGCGGUUCUUGUGAAGGGGAUGACAUUCAUUCUGUACGAUAGCACGCAGUUCAUGGUGCACUACUACCAUUGGUGGGGAGAGAUUAUACUCGGUGCAAUUCGAACGUACAGCGCACUAUCGCUCCUGCCAGGAAUCAAGGCCCCUUUGGCUGCGCCGUCGCGUUUUCUCCUUCCUAACGUGGAGGAUGACACCUGGCGCGACUACGCUGGUGUCGACGGACCAUUGAUGAGGGCCGCAUUUCCCUCCGCGUCAAUUGAGCACAUGGGUUACUGGUCUGACCUGAUCCAACUCAACCGCACUUUCGUCUUCGAACGCGCAAUGAUUGUCAGUCGCCAGGCCGCUCAUAAAAACCCCCUGGCCUCUCUCUGGUUCAAGAUGAUCUCGAGCACGAUGAACGUUACCGCACCGACUCACUUCUGGGAACCGCUUCGCAAACGCGUGCUCGUGAACACCGUUGGAUACUUGCCAAUACUCAACGACGCUGGUGCCGUCAUUUCUCCGCCGAAGGUAACUACGCACCCAGAGGUUUCUCGACCUGUCGUGCUCUACGUCUCUCGACAAGGAGGAGGACGGAGACUGCUGAAGGAAGCUCAUGAAGGGCUGGUUAGCGCAUUGAAAGAGCUCGAAGAGGAGGGGUUGUUCGAGGUGCGGGUGGUCAGGAUGGAGUUGCUUCCGUUUGCGAAGCAAGUGGAAGAGGCUGGGAGGGCAGCGAUCAUGGUGGGCGUACAUGGAAAUGGUCUUACCCAUCAACUGUGGAUGCCGCCUUCUCCUCGAUCGACUGUCGUCGAGAUACACUUUCCGAAAACCUACAACCACGACUAUGUCAUGCUAUCACGGAACAUGGGGCAUAAGCACUACGCCGUGUGGAACGAUACCACUCUGACAUUCCCCGAAGGACAAUGGUUCAAGGGUGUAGCAGGGGGGAGGAGGGAGGACGCUCAUGGGAAUUCAAUACCGGUACAUGGGCCUACCGUGGCCCAACUGAUUAGAGAGCGACUGAUGGCUCCAAUUCCGUGA